AUGUGUCUGGCGUCUUUUAGUCCACUGACGCACGCAUCACACGUAGAUCUCCGCGCCUUUGCCCGCGUCCGCCGCGGCGAUCGCUUGCUUGCGGUCGGCGUGGGCGAGUGCGUGGGCGGGCGCGCGUGGGCGGGCGCGGUGGGCGGAGGCCCGCGGGAAGCCAGCGCUCGCCGGCUGCUGGCGGUGAGGCGUGUGCCCUCCGUGCCCGCCGCCCCCCCCGCCCCACCGCCCUUCGCAGCACAGGCGCAGGAAGCCCGCGCGGAACUUGGACGACAUGAGGUUGUACAGGAUGGGGUUCACCGCCGAGUUGAGGUACGUCAUGGCGCGGCAGAAGCUCAGGAUGUUGAAGUAGCGCUCGAAGCCCAGCGCCUGCAGCGAUUCCUUCGGCACCGACACGAUCCAGAGGGUAAGCGCGCGGAACGGCAGCAGGCACACGAAGAAGCACGCCACCACGGCGCCCAACAUCACCACCACCUGGCAACGGAGCGCCCGGUCAGCGGAGCACGGCCUCCCACGCUUUAUUCCGAUCCGUCGCCUUUAACCUUGCGCCCGGAGCUGGUCGGCGCGUCGUGUAAUUGCAUGAACAUUAGUCGCAUUCCGGCAGCCGAGUUGGCACGCGCCGCGCCACGCAGCACCGCACGCAGGUGCGCCAAGAAAAAUAGGCACCUGUCGUCGCGCGUGCGUCGCCCGCACUUCCGCGACCGCCCCUCCCCCCCCCCCGGCUCCGUCGCGACGUCAUCGCCCCCGCAACCGCCGCCCGCGCUCGCGUCGCCCUCGCAAUUUACGGACAGACAGACAGACACACGGACAGACCGACACUGA